GCCGCGGGCCCGGGCGGGGCGGCUCCGUUCUAACCCUUUUUCCCGUACAGAUCCCUCGUCUAAAAGUUGGUUUUAAUUGGUUGCCCACAGGAUUGGCUUGGCUUCUGCUACUUGUUAAGAAAAAAAACAUCUGUCUUUGCAGAUGGCCGCGUGCGUGUCCCGGGUGGAGCUGUCCGUGUCCUGCCGGAGCCUCCUCGACAGGGACCUGGGCUCCAGGUCGGACCUCUGCGUCCUGCUGCAGGACGCGGGCGGUGGCCGGUGGGCUGAGCUAGAUUGCACGGAAAAGAUCAAGAACAGCCAAGACCCUGAAUUCGGCAAGAAACUGGUUGUGGACUACUACUUUGAGAAAGUGCAGAAGCUGAAAUUCAGCGUGCAUGAUAUUGAUAACAAGUCCUUUGAUUUAAAUGAUGAUGACUUCCUGGGAGGGAUUGAGUGCACACUGGGAAAGGUUGUCUCCAGCUCAGUGUUCACCUGACCAUUGGAAUUGAAGCAGGGAAAGCCAGCAGGAGAGGGCACUAUUGAGAUUUCAGCAGAGGAGAUUAAGGGUACCAGGGUUGUGUACUUGGAAAAUGAAGCCCAAAACUUGGACAAAAAGGAUUUCUUAGGUAAAUUGCAUCCAUUUCUGGAGUUUUACAAGCACAGCGAUGCUGGAACAUGGCAGCUUGUGUACAAAUCAGAGAUCAUCAAGAACAACUUAAAUUGAUACUGUGUUCCCUUGCAAACUUUCUAUGGUGGAGAUUUUAAUAAACCUAUCAAGGUGCAAUGUGCAGAUCGUGACAGUGACGGCUCACAUGACUUGAUAGGCACUUUGGAAAUGACCCUGGUGAAGAUGCAGACAUCUGGUGCCGGCUCUCUGGUGGACUAUGAAAGCAUUCAUCUUGAGAAAAAACAAAAGAAAAACAACUACAAAAACUCUGGCAUUAUUAUGAUAAAAUCUUGUAACAAUAUCUGUCUGUUCCUCUAGAUUGAGACAGAAUAUUCAUUUCUGGACUAUGUGAUGGGAGGCUACCAGAUUAACUUUACAGUGGGUGUAGACUUCACUGCCUCCAGUGGAGAUCCCAAGCCACCAGAUUCUUUUUACUGGAUUAGCUCAGAUGGGAUAAAUGAGUAGCUGAUUGUCAUCUGGAGUGUUAGAAGUGUAGUCCAGGAUUAUGACACGGACAAGCUGUUUCCUGCAUUUGGGUUUGGAGCUCAGGUUCCUCCUAGCUGGCAGGUAUCUCAUGAGUUUGCUUUGAACUUCAACUUCAGCAACUCUUGUUGCCAAGGGAUCCAAGGAAUAAUGGAUGCCUACUACCAGAUUCUGCCUCAGAUCUGACUCUAAGGGCCAACCAACUUCUCUCCUAUUAUAAACCACAUGGCAAGGUUUGCAGCACACUCACUGCAACAAGGAACUGCUGCACAAUACUUUAUCUUGCUGAUCAUCACAGAUGGAGAGAUCACUGAUCUAGACCAAACUAGGCAAGUGAUUGUAAAUGCCUCUAAACUGCCCAUGUCUAUUAUCAUUAUUGGUGUUGGUGAAGCCAAUUUUAAAGCAAUGGAGUUCCUUGAUGGAGACAGCAGUGUUCUGAAAUCUGUGACAGGUGAGCCGGACAUCAUCCAGUUUGUGCCUUUCCGACAGUUCAAAAAUGCUCCUCAGGAAGCACUUUCCCAGAGUUUGGCUGAAGUGCCCAAACAGCUAGUGUCAUACUAUAAAUGGCAGGGGUGCCCCCCCAAACUGCCAGAAAUCAAGGUGAUGUAGAUUCAGGCUAGCCCUGGCUACCUGUAGCACUGGGGUGAAGGAGAGCUGCCUGCAGCCACACUCUCCCUUGCACACUGUGGGUGCUCAGUGCCUUGAGAUUGAACAAGUCACACCAUUUCUUUCACCUGCUUGCCCUGAGUCUUUGAUCUUCCCUAUUUCUAUUGGAAGAAAUGUAAAUACAGAAAAACCUCCGAGUGCUGGAAGUUUUUGUCACAGUACGAUCUUUGUUGGUUUUCUACCUUGCAACAGCAACACAUUGUGACACAUCACACCACAUAUAGUUGCUUGACACAACCCAUCUGUUCCUCACUAUCAGGGUGGGCCUCUGAACUGAGCUACUCUAGUGCUGAGCCUGGUGAGAGAAGUGUUGCACCCAUGUUUGCUGUAAUGAUACUUACCAUGUGCUCCUUGAUUGGUGUCUUCUAUCAAGCUGCCUUUGAAAUGGGGACCCUUCUUUUCUGGAUGUGACCAAAGACUGUUGGUUGGAUGCCUGAGGUAGUUCCUGUUACGCCUUCAUAAAGUGCUAGCAUAUUUUUUUAUGUUUCAGUGACCAUACCUUUUAAUCACAUAUUUCUAUUAGCAAAAUUUCUUUCUGUGAUGAACUCUUGCUUGAAGCUAUUGUUACAGUUCAAGAACAUUGCACUUUGCUUAUUUAUGGGGGUUAAAUGAGGAUUAAUCAUUAAUUAAUGGGAUUGGGAUGAAAUUAAUGAGUCACAUUAAUGUGACUUUAAAAAUUCAGCAGUUGGAAACACUGAAAUGAAGAUGCUUUGAGUGAAUUCUUUAUAUCACAAAAGUUACAAAAUGAAGAAGUAACUUAUCUGUGGAACUUCAAGGAGGUGCUUCCUUAUUCUCAGUAGUGUGAAGUGUGUAUUACAUGAUCUUGGGACUGUUGAACAGGCACAUGAUAGCAAAGCACAAAUGUUUUGAGGAAGAUGGUUGAUUUCCUAGUAGUGAUAAAGAAACUUGGGCUUGUCAUUGCAUUACAAGUGUCAUCACUUUCAGUUACAUAAAUAAAUAUUCUACUUUGACUUA